CAAUCAACUCGGGGCAGCAGACGCACCCAUCGGGCUCAUCACUGUCGAGAGUCUUCAGGUUUCGAUGUAAAUGAAAGCCUGGGCGAUCGGCUGCCCGCUUUUCUUAUUUGGUUGAAGAAAAUAGAGCCGCGAGUUUGGUUUGAUUAAAUUACCACCUUUGCCAUGGAGAGGAGAACUUCUACACUGGCCCUGCUUUGUGUGGUGUGGUCAGUUGCUGCUGCCAUCCAGGUUGACAUCCCCAAAGAUCAGUAUGAGUUUGCCAGAGGAGACAACGUCACACUGCCCUGCACAUUUACAAGCGCUCUACCCAGUCCAAAACUGAUCGUUAUCACAUGGUCUGCUGGUGAAGCCGAGGUUCUGAUCUACUAUCAUCCCAAUGGAGACAUAGACAAUCAAUUAGAAGGCCGGGCGUCUCUGGAUGUAAAUGUUAAUGGUGGAACUGGGAAAGCUGACCUUAACCUUUACUCUGUCACAUCGGCAGACAACAACAAAUAUAAGUGUCAUAUAAAUAUCCCCAAAGACGACAAAGGCAAAAAUACUGACACAGCAACAUUGACUGUUCUAGUGGCUCCAUCUACACCCAUCUGCAAGAUUCAGGGUACAGCAACGUACGGCCAAAACAUCAACCUCACCUGUGUUUCUGAGGAAGGGUCUCCUCCUCCAACUUACAAGUGGAACAGUUAUGAUGUCCUAAACAAUCCUCGCGCUAAUGACCCCAGAACCACUGAUAAGGGAGGCGUCCUGUCUCUGUACAACAUCACCAAAGAGACCUCUGGAUUCUACAUCUGCACCUCACAAAACAAGAUUCGCUCAGCUUCCUGCAACCUCACACUCUCAGUCUUACCACCAACCAUGAACAUCGCUGCAACUGCAGCAAUCAUUGGAGUAGUCAUUGUAGCUUUGGUCAUACUGAUCAUUAUUAUCUACUGCUGUUGCUGCCGAAAGAAGGACAACGAGAAGGAGAAUUAUGCCCUGGCACCAGUUGGUGACGAAGAGUCUGUUCGAAAAGGGGAGGGUAGCAAAGGUAUUGAAGAGAAGAGCAGACAAUAUGAUGAUACCAGUGUGACCAAAGCAGCUAAUCCACGUGAUAACUACGAGGAGAGGAGUGAACGCAACUACGACCGCCGAAGCGACUAUGACGACCGGCGCAGCGACUAUAACGACCGCCGCAAAGACUACGAUGACCGACGCAGCGACUACGAUGACCGACGCAGCGACUACGAUGACCGACGCAGCGACUACAAUGAUAGGCGCAGCGACUAUAACGACCGGCGCAGUGACUACGAUGACCGUCGCAGCAAACCCAGUGACCGCAAUGAGCGCUAUGAUGGUGACCGCCGCUAUGAUGAUGACCGCCGCUAUGAUGAUGACCGCCGCUAUGAUGAUCGCAGAGACCCCCGCUAUGAAGAUGACCGCAACAGACCUUAGAGAAGCUGGACUAGAAUGACGAGGGUAAUCCAGCUAAUGUGUGUUAAAUCACAGAUUUGUUUAACAGUUUUACAUGUUUUUGGUUUUUUUAACCCAAAUGCAAAAGUUAUUCCCCAUUGGAAUUUUUCCUGAGAUUUUAAAACAUGAUAUUGACUCUUUUGAUUGUUCAGUUAUCAAUUAUACGAGAAGAGGAAAUAGACCAGAACAUCUUGUUGCCAUAUACGAACGAAGUGUUUUCCAAUCUGUUUUGAGAUGAUUGCUGAGCUCAUUAUACGAGUUACUACUCAGUGCAACGCUGGUGAAAAGCAUUGUGCUAUAAAAAGGCACUAUGUACCUUCAAAAUGCAUAAUACUGCCCCUUUAAAUGCAGCCAAAUAUUAGUUACAUUUGUAUGCAAAAUCCAGAUAAUAAACACUUCAGGAGGUGGACAACAUUUCACAUAUCCACCACACAAAAUAUAUAUUUUUAGGAUUCCUGCAUAUUAUUUAAAGUGCCGAACAACUUCCUCAUAUGUGUCGAGCUAAUUAUAGUAAAUGGUAGGCUUCACGGGAUUUUAUGUCAAAUAUCAGGUGUACUUUGAAAAAUUAUCCUCCUUAGAAGUGAAAAUGUAAAUAUUUUAAGUAUAUAAGACUGUUUCAGUUUUUACAUUCAGUUACAUUUUAAGUUGUUUUUGUUGGAUCACAUUCCAGUCAGAGAUUUUGUUUUGUACAAAUACAAAGGCUGUUAUGAAAUGGUGCCAAAUGUGUGGAAGGUGAUCUAUGCAAUUAGAUUAGUUGGUAUUUUAGCGUGUUUUUCUUUUUUGAAUACUUUUUCAUUUUAUUUUUUUUUAUAGUGCCUUUAAACAUCUGCUUCUGCUGGGUAUAAAAGCUGUAGUUAUUUAAAAGACUGCCUCCUCGGCAGAGAUGAAGUCUUUUAUCUUGGUGCUUUUUUUAUGCUUACUUGGUUUAUUUUGCACAAGGCUAAUAGUGUAUCACUGCAUAUAAAUGUAUUAAUUCAACCAUCUAAUUUUCUUUUUUUUAACCAUAAUAUCAUUAAAAUGGAGCUUUCUCUUAUGCUGGUCGUUGGUCUAAUAAUGCUCGUCCUGUUUUCUUUCUGUUACAGUAAACCUUGAUUACAAAUAAAACUCAAUGUACAAAAAUAAUUUCAAUCUGAAUGUGUGAUGUACAUUUUUAAAUGCACCGUGCUGUUCUGUUUUGCUGUUUACAUUUAUUAAAGAUUUCUCUUGAAAAAU